UGCUGUGGUCAGUGAUGUUGCUGUGGUCAGUGAUGUUGCUGUGGUCAGUUAGGUGAUAAUUUGCUGUUGCUGUGGUCAGUGAUGUUGGUGUAGUCAGUGCUGUUGGUGUAGUCAGUGAUGUUAUUGUAGUCAGUGGGGUGAGAGGUUGCUGUUGCUGUGGUAAGUGAUGUUAUUGUGGUCAGUGAUGUUGGUGUAGUCAGUAAGAUGAGAGGUGUCUGCCCACAGGGUUUCAACGAGGUGGACAAGCUGCUGCGGGAGAACGGCAUCUGCCUGGCCCUGAGGGAGAAGCUGCUCAAGGACUCGGGCGUGGCUACGGACACAGACUACGACAACAUCGUCCGGAACCUGCUGGAGAAAGACCUGGCCAGAGGUGAGGGGUCAAGGUCAGGGUCAGGGUCAGGGUCAAGGUCAGGGUCAAGGUCAGGAUCAAACCAGAGGUUAGAGCUACGUGAUCCACCACUUGACCCACCACGUGACCCACAACGUGACACACCGCGUGAUACACCACGUGAUCCACCAUAUCCACCAAUUGACCCGUCACGUGACAAGGUGGAGGGGGCGGUCACGGUACAGCCGUUAGCGGAAGCUGUGCGAGGGUUCAAGAACUACUUCCUGAGGCUGAGACCAGGGCGGAACCACAGGAACCCUUGGUUUGCUGAAUACUGGGAGGACCUGUUCUCGUGCCGGUUCCCGCGCAGCCCUCCCACGCCCUACAACCAGCACUACAACAAGACGUGCACGGGCCACGAGAGAAUCGACCCCGACUCCUUCGAGAUGGAAGCCCAGCUACAGUUUGUCAGCGACGCCGUCAUGGCCUUUGCGCAUGCGUUCAAGGAGAUUCACCUACGCCUGUGUGGCGGGAGGCCCGGCCUGUGUGAGCGCAUGACAAAGAUCGACGGUGACAUCAUCAAAGCCCACCUGCUCAAGGUCAAGUUCACAGGUCUGUCAGGGCAAGACUUUCAGUUCUUGGACAACGGAGACGGGCCCUCCAGGUACCGCAUUCUCAACUUCCGGCGUGAUGACGUCACAGGAGAGUAUGAGUGGGCUACUGUGGGCUUUUACAGGCACGGGCAUCUCAACAUUGUGAGUAGCCGACUCCCGGGUGGUUUAACAGAUAGCUUCGUGGAAGCCUCCAUAUGGCUGACAGGGACACCCCAAGUCGACCGACCUGCACCGACUGGGGAGGUGGAGCCUUCGUCGUGCCAGUUCCGGCGGUCAGAGCCCAGCCACCCCCGGUCCGUGUGCUCCAGCAAGUGUGGCCGCCGACAGUACAUGGACCCCAUCCCCGGUGACCCCUGCUGCUGGGCCUGCAAGAACUGCCUGACCUACGAGUACAGGCCUGUGGACACACGAUGCGAGGAGUGUCCCGGGGGCACAGUACCCAGCUACAAUAUGACUCACUGUAUUCCCAUCCCACCCGUCUUCCUGCACUACACCGACUCCAUAGCGCUGGUUGCCAUGGCAUUCGCGUCGCUAGGUAUCCUAGCAACCACAACCACGGCCAUCAUCUUCCUGAAGCACAACAACACGCCGGUGGUGAAGGCGUCAGGCCGAGAGUUGAGCUUCGUUCUGCUGGCCGGGAUCUUCCUCUGCUACACCAUGACCUUCCUUCUCGUCUCCAAACCCACCAAGUACGUGUGUGGCGCGCAGACGGUCGGCAUCGGCUUCUGCUUCUCCGUCUGCUACUCCGCCAUCUUGACCAAAACCAACCGCAUCUCCAGAAUUUUCCGCGCGGGCAAGAGAACGGUGAAGCGGCCAAAGUUCAUCAGCCCGGAGUCCCAGCUGGUCAUCUGCGCCAGUCUCGUGGCCUGCCAGAUCAUCAUCAGUCUCAUCUGGCUGCUCACCAGCCCGCCAAAAGCCGUCUCCUUCUUCGCCACACGCGCCGACCACCAGCUGGUCUGUGAGGCGGCCAUCGGCUUUGCGUACAUGAUCGGCUUCUCCUAUCCGAUCUUCCUCAUCCUCGUCUGCACCAUCUACGCCAUCAUCACCAGGAAGAUCCCCGAGGCGUUCAACGAGUCCAAGUAUAUCGGAUUCACCAUGUACACCACCUGUAUCAUCUGGGCGGCGUUUGUGGUUAUCUAUCUGAGUACUUCCCACAACAUCCAGGUCCGGCUGGCCACUAUGUGCUUCUCCAUCAGCCUCAGCGCCACUGUGGCCCUUAUCUGUAUGUUCACGCCCAAGCUCUACAUCAUCCUGCUCCGGCCCGAGCGCAACGUGCGCCAGAGCAUGAUGGCUAAGAACAUGCAGCUCAAGCUCAACAGCAGCGCCGCCUCGGGCUGUCUCAGGGUGGACUCUGGCACUCAGAGCGACGGUUAG